GGAAACAGACUUCUUCCCCUUCUCUCCACAUCUUCGAUCACACCUCGGGACAAAUGUCUCUUGCCGGAGCGCUCGGGUGAGGCGUUAUUAUCACCGCUUCCCACAGCAAGCCGAGUGCGGCUCGGUUUCUUCCUUGUUGCCAUGGUAUGGCAUCUACAGAGCCCUGAUCUCAACAUCACUGUGGCUGUCUAUGAUUACCUGAAGAGACAGAAGCAAGCGUGACACAAAGUUUGCAGCCAAGUUCCUCCAAGAAUAUGGGAUUCUCAUUCUUCACUUAGAGACGUGCAGUGCAAAAAAGUAAGGAAGGUAGUGACAAACAUGAGAGAUUCUACAGAUGCUGAAAAUACAAAGUAUCACACACGCACACACAUCACUGGAGGAACUCGGCAGGUCAGGCAGCAUCUACGGAAAAGAAUAAACAAUCGAAGUUUCAGACCGAAACCUCUCUUCAGGACUGUUAUAGGAAGACAAUGGUAUAGAAUAGAGACAAUGAGAUCUCCCACCUCACGUUGGAAGGCUGAUGGAGAGUGGAUCUCCCUCCAAGGGGAUCUCCAGGACGGUCCACCCCUCCGUGAACCUGACACAACCGUUGCACGGGCACCGUGGCAACCCCGACUCCAAUCGGCCGGCCAGCGCAGCCUCGAUGGGAAGAGUCGUGGAUAUUUCCCAACCGGCCAAGGCGCCGGCUGGAAGCUCCCACGGGCGGCUUCAGCUCACGGUUCCGCGAGUGGUGAACGGGAACUCGGAGAGGCGGACAAGCCGGGUAACGGUGGGAGGAUAUCCCGAGAAGCGAGAGGGGUGGUCCCCGAGCGACUCCCAAGGCCUCCUAUCUUCAUUCUAUCACGAUAAAUCCAAGCUGAACAGGUCGCCCGCCUACCACAGCCUCUUGUCCAAGAGUCAGCGGCCGAAUUCCUCAGUGUACCGGUCUCACAGCUACGGAGGCCCCCAACUCUAUCGUCAACUCACGGACACUCGCGGUGGAACGACAGAGGGGGAGGCAGCUCCAAGUUCCGGACAGGAUGCCGAGGAGAACCGGCCUAGGAAGUCUACACGCCACCGAACCAGGAGCACGUUAAUAAACAGCAUUAACUCCCCCUCGGAAAGCAGCCGCCGCACUUUGAGUUUGCUGUACCAUUUUAACCUGCUCCGAGAAGAUUACGACAAGCCGAUGUGCUCUGUUGAAUGCAGAAAAGAAAAGAACGAGAGGGAGUUCUACUGUAGCAGUGACUUUGCAAUCAACGGUAUAGUCCACGAUAUAGUAAUCCUUGAUAAAGGACUGCAAAUGGUGACAUUACUGGUGGAUAGUGAUGGAUUCUACCGCAUGGGUCGGCUUUACAUUACUCCAGACGGAUUCUUCUUCAAAGUGCACAUUCUCGUGGUCGAUACAUUCAACUGUAAAAGGCUUUGUCCAGACUUAAAGUUUGGUGGUAGGUACAUCAUCAUGGGUCUGAUAUAUCACAGAAGAUACCCGCUACCCACAUGGGUACAAGAAAGGGUUGUUGGGAGACUAAAACCUGGUGACGGGCUGGUAAAGAGCAGCAGCUACGUGAGAAGAUUUAACAAAAAGAGGGACCAGAAAGUCCAGCUGUUAAGUGACGGGGUCUGUGAAACCCCUUUCCAAGGAUCACAGCAGAAAUGAAAUCGGAGGGCAUUUAUAACAUUUGUAAUAAUAUUUCAGUUUUAUUUAGAGCUGUUAUUUGUAAUUUUUUAAGUAUGCAGCUUGAUUUUUUUAAAGAGAGAUGCAUUAUAUAUUUAUAGUUUUGGAUUCUCUGUCCCUGCUCAUUUUUUUCAUAGUUGACCUCAGUAGCCAAGGUGGAGAUGGGAGAUAUUUGAUUCAUAGAACAUAGAAAUCUACAUCGCAUUACAGGCCCUUCGGCCCACAAUGUUGUGUCGACCAUGUAACCUACUCUAGAAACUGCCUAGAAUUUCCCUAGUGCAUAGCCCUCUACUUUUCUAAGCUCCAUGUACCUAUCUAAGAGUCUUUUCAAAGACCCUAUCGUAUCCACCUCUACCACCUUCGCCAGCAGCGCAUUCCAUGCACCCACCACUCUCUGUCUGAAAAACUUAGCCGACAUUCCUCCUGUACUUAUUUCCACGCAUCUUAAAGCUAUGUCCCCUCAUGUUAGCCAUUUCAGCCCUGGGGAAAAAAAUCUCUGCCGACACUUCACUCCCGUUGCUGUCCAGUGCUUGUGUGGGUGUUGGGCGAGUUUUUAUCUUUUCCCUUCUCGUGUGACGCCUGCAUUUGGUGGCUCAGUAACACCCACCACGCGAGUUCACAGACGGAAAAGAAGCCCGGUGGUAACACCGACCUCUCGCUGGGGCUCCGUGAUUUCUGAGGGUGGGGGAAGGGGUGAAUAGCCCUGAGGUAACUUGGAGCUUUGUGUUCAGUUCUGGUUACCGCAUAGGGAAGGAUGUGGAAGAUCUGGAGAGUGCUCAGAAUGUAUUGAUUUUAUUCAGCGAUACAACUUGGAGUUGGCCCUGAGAACCGCUCUGUCCUAGCAAACUCGAUGUAACCCUGAUCUAAUCUAAUACAAUGAGCAACUUUGGGCUGUGGGAGGAAACCAGGGGUAUCCAUGCAUUCCAUGGGGAGGACAUACAGAGACUCCUUACAGAAAGCUCUGGAAUUGAACUUGCCCCGAGCAGUAAUAGCGUCACGCCACGCGACUGUGAUGCCCAGGGUGUUGACUGGGUUCGAGCUGAGCGAGUUUUCCCCUUUGGAGUGAAGGAGAGUGGGAGGCGACUUGACAGAGGCGUACGAGAUGAUAUAAGGCAUAGAUCCAGUGGACAGACAGAUACUGUUAUGCAAUGCAGAAAUGGCUAAUACGGGGGCGGGGGGUAGUAGGUCAAAUGGGCUCAAGGGUCUGGCCUAAUCUACGUGCUGUGGUACCUUGAGUAACUGUAAAUCCAGGUGAAGGGUCUGGUCCCGAAACUGGGACUGUGCAUUUCCGUGUACUGUAUGGUUAUUGCCUGAGCCGAUGGGCUCCCUUUUUUAAAUUUGAGUAUUGCUCCAGAUUCCAGCAUCUGAGCCUCUUGCGACUCGGGCCUCCUUUGUGUUUUUGUGCGUUGGCCUUAAUUUUCAUUGCCCGGGGAACGGUUAGCUGACAGUCCAGCACCAAUCUGACACUAGUACAACACUCCUGCUCUUUGACAGCAGCGUUGAGAGAGAGAAAGAGGGGAGAUCUUUCCCAGUGAAAGGAAGACACAUGGAGAACACUAGAACCGUUCCCCCUCCUCUAGGAAAUGCUGUUUUUAAGAGAUCAAAGCAGCCGGCAUGGGUGCAGGACCAUUGGCUUUUACACUGAUAUUUAUCUAAAAGCUGAGGUUUCAAAGUCCUCGGCCAGGUCGCGCUGUAACCAUUUCCCCAGCGUCCCCCGGAGACUUUAGUGCAAACUUUCCCCAUAUGGAAUGGACACAGACGGUCGGAGGAAGAACUAUAAUUCAGGCACCCAGGCAGCUGAGGGUUUUCUCAAAGCUUUUACAAGUCAUCGUGAAAACAAGACGGGGUAAUUUGUCUGAAAUCAGAUCGCUUUCUGCUGGAGAUUUAUUUUCAUUUUAAUGCACUCCAAGAAGGAAAGGGGAAGUUUACAAUGUUCCUCGCUCCUGUAGAACUCCCGUUGUUACUUCCCAUCACAAUGUUUCCGCUGCGGAUUCGGGACUGUUCCUCACAGCUGCAGCCGGCCACCGGGAGAUCCCACUCCACGGGAGGGAUGGGAGCACUCCACGCCCGCCAAGUUCCUGUCUCACCAGCAGUUGUUCCAUAUAAAAUCCUUAGUUUGGAUGACUCAACAAAAGGCGGGAAGAGUUCCUGCGUUCUACCCGCUGUCCCUGUGGUUCACAUGAGCGAAUACAGUCAGAAAUAGCGAUGGUGCAACUGGGUUCAUCCAAAAAGGCCUAAAUAGAGCAGCCGUGGAGGGAGAUGGGAGGUUAAUAGAUUAGUUAUAAGUAAGGACGUCAAAGGUUACAGAGAAAAGGCAGGAUGAUGGGGUUGAGAGGGUUAACAAAUUAGCUGUGGUGGAAUGGUGGUGCAGAUGUGGUGGGCUGAUUGAUGCCCAAUUCUGCUUCUAUGCAUUCGCAGUGUAAAAUUGAGCUGUUUCCAUUCAACAUUUAGUGAGGGUAAAUGCAUAAAUUUUCAAGUAUUCGGGAGGAGAGAUGUGUUUAAAUUUAACACUAUCCUAAAAAUAGUAAUGGGAAUUGUGACAUAACUAUUACUCAGCCUACUUGUCGAUAGGAGUCUCUCCAACUUUAAGUGGCUAUCAUUCUGCCAACGUUUACUCCUUCUGUUAUAAAAUACCUUUAAACACGAUCGCCAACGGAUGUAUAGUUAUUUUUCUUUGAAGCAAAUUUGAUGCCUAAACCAAUGUGAACCGGAAGCAACGUUUCCCUUUUUUUUAAAGAGCUGAGUAGACUAAGUAUUGCUCUGAGUAGGAAUUUUUUAACACGGCCUGAAAGCUGCAUAGUCCUUUAAAUGUUUUUUGUAAUAUGUACAACAAACACAAACCACAACACACAGGAAAGUCAGGCAGGCAAAACAUGUGACAGGCACAAUGCAAAAUCAAAAUACUUUGACUAGAUGGAGUCGGCGUUCAGUGGCCUGGCGGUUUAUUUACAAUGAGCUAGAAACUUCCAUUCUGUGUUUAUUGUUACAAUUUGUAAUGCUGUUGUAACUUGAAACACUGACAAUGUAAAUACGUUGAAGCUCAAAUGUUCUAAGGUUGUGGUACAUUUAUUAUUAUUUAGACAAAUUAUGGAUAUAUUCACUAGUAUAAUUUCAAAAUGCCAUUAUUAUAUAAAAGAAAAUUCCAGCUACAUGGCAGCAAGUUCCCAAUACAUGUGCACAACUGAGAGUGAACAGCGAUUGGAAGAUUUACUUCCUGGAAUUGGGAGAUGUAAUUUCUGCUUCCUCCAUUAUUUAAGUAGAAUGUUUACUGAGUGAAUUAACUUUUUCCAGAAAUAGCAGGUGUAGACUACUCCUUCCAUGGCUGUCCACUGGUACUAUGAUGCAUACUUAUUUUAAAGGAGAAAGAUGAUACUAAUGAAGAAAGUAUAACACCCCAUAUUCUGUCUGGGUAACCUUCAACCUGGUGUGUGUGAACAUUGAUUUCUCCAAGUCCUGGUAAUUGCUGACUCAUCCCCUUCUCUCUUCUUCCAUUCCUCAUUCUAGUUUCCCUCUUACCCAGUAUUUUCUCUUAUCACCUCCCUCUGGUGCCCCUCUUCUUUCCCUUCUCCCAUGGUCCACUCUCCUCUCUUAUCAGAUUCCUUCUUCAGCCCUUUAUGCUUGCUUCAUACCCCCUUCCCGGACCCAUCCACCCCCUUCCCCCUCACCUAUCACCUUCCAGGUUUGUACUUCUUCCCUCCCCCCUUAUUCUGGCUUCCUCUUCUUUCCUCUCCAGUCCCAAUGAAGGCUAUCAGCCCAAAAUGCCAACCCUUCCAUAAAUACUGCCUGACCUGCUGAGUUCCUUCAGCAUUUUGUGCAUUGCUGUGGAUUUCCAACAUUUGCAGAAUCUAGUGUUUUUUCUUAAUCUAUGUUUUUUUUUACUUGAAAAUGGCACAGUUCAUCUACCCUUUUAUUUCUUAUUCCUUGAGCUCUUCAACAAGACCUAUUGAUUUUUGACAUUCUAAAAUUUAAUCCAAUGGACCACCAUUUGGUUCUUCACAUUUUGUCCUCCUGUUAUGACCUUAAAGUUAUGGACUCCUGGUCCAAUGCAGAAAUUAUUUCCCAGUUUUAACAAUACUACUCAAACUCUUGAAGCAUGAGAGAUCUAUGAGAUAGCUUUUCCACAGGAAGAAACUGGGCAACAAAGGAAAAUGUAAAGGAUGCAUGCCAAAGUUCUUUAAAAACUGCAACCAUCUGCCUGCAUUAGAAGUUUGUCAUUCCUAAUAUGACCUUAUAGAAGCAGAUUUAUUAUCCCUGAUCUUCAGUAGAUCAUGCUUCUUUUCCGUUUUGCAGAAGUGCAAAACAAAAAUAUUAUGAACUAUAGCAAUCUAAUAAACUAGUGCAAAAAGAGAGCUAAAUAGUCAAAUAGUGUUCAUGGGCCCAAGAAUUGAUCAGGAAUCUGAUGGAAAAGGGGAAGAAGCCGUUCCUGAAGAGUGCAAGACUCCUGGGUCUUCUUGAUGGUAGUAAUGAGAAGAGGCCAUAUCCUGGAACUUCAGAACUAAAAGAACAAGACUAGAUACUAGUCACCCUUGAUGCUUAGGGUUGGUUCUGAGUAGGCAAUAACUGCUCUAAUUUGUCCAAGAUCCAGCUCCCAAAGUGAUUCUUUAGAUAUAAUCUGGGGCAAAAGCUGAAUCUAACAGUGUGGCACCAGCAGAAGCACCAGAUGGUGAAGAGUCACACAAACUGCUCCUGGCCUGGGGAUGCUAAAAGCUAACUGCUGCUCUGUUGGCUGAGAAUUAAACCUGGAACUUCUAUAGCUAAAUUUCACAUCAGCCUGCAAAUUUACCCAGUGAUAGGCACCUGGAAAACUGCUGAAUGAUUUACAUUCAAAACAAUCAUAGGAGUCCAUGAAGGACUUCAGGAACAUAUUAACUACUGGCUGUGAAUUUUACCCAACUUUCUUCAGCCAUUAUGUGAUAGAUUUGGGCAAUGCUAACAAUAUGAGAGAGCAAUCCUGGGAACAGCAUAGUUAUAUCCAUGAAGUAGCUGUGCCAAAGGUUAUUAAAAUAUUUGGAUAAGAGUAGAGAACGAAAGGGCAAGGGAAAGAACAAAUGUAUACAGUGGAAUGGGGAAUGCUGAAGCUCUUGUGUGCUGCAUAUAAGGAGCUGUGUUUGAACAAAACAAGUACAAACUGAACUAAUAUUUUGACAAAACUACAGCGAACAGUCAAAUUACACAAGUAAAAGCAACACUAUGUAAUCUAAAAAAAUAUUAAGUAAAUUAACUUUUCCCUUUUUGGGUUUGGUCUGCUAUGACAAUAGUAAGUAUUAAUACUUAAUGAACCUUUUCAAUAAAUCAUCUGCUUGUGU